AUGCGCCGCCGGCCUCGCACCCCCGACCCGCUGCCGCCGCUUCGGCCCGGCCCGGGGUGGCGGUGUGCCCGGCGGAGCGCUGGGGGCGGCUCGCCGCUGUGCUCCGCGUCGGGGAGCCCCUCUCGCCGCCCGGCUGGCCCGGCGCGGCCGCUCGGCGCCUGGGUAGCCCCCCGUCCCGGCGCGCAAGGCCGCGGCCCAGGCCCGGGGCCGGCGCAGCCCGUUACCCGGGCAGGGUGGUGGGUCGGCGGGGCUAGGCUCGGGCUGAGGAAGCCCCCCGGUCGCGAGGUCCGCGCUGUCCCGGCCCCUCUCGCUUCCUCCGCUGUCUCCGCAGGCGGCUGUGAGGAGGGCUUCCCGGCGGCCUCCCCGCCCGCCUCCCCCGGCGGCUCCCCGAAGGGCUCGAGGCCCGGCUCGCCGCUGACCGCACCGCAGGCACCGCGCGUGGACCUGCAGGGCGCCGAGCUCUGGAAGCGCUUCCACGAGAUCGGCACCGAGAUGAUCAUCACCAAGGCGGGAAGGCGGAUGUUUCCCGCAAUGAGAGUGAAGAUCUCAGGUUUAGACCCACAUCAGCAAUAUUACAUUGCUAUGGAUAUUGUGCCAGUGGAUAACAAAAGAUACAGGUAUGUUUAUCAUAGCUCCAAGUGGAUGGUGGCUGGUAAUGCUGACUCCCCGGUACCGCCUCGUGUUUAUAUUCACCCUGAUUCACCUGCCUCCGGAGAGACGUGGAUGAGACAAGUGAUCAGCUUUGACAAACUGAAGCUUACCAAUAAUGAGCUGGAUGAUCAAGGGCAUAUUAUCCUUCACUCUAUGCAUAAAUAUCAGCCUCGUGUCCACGUCAUCCGAAAAGACUGUGGAGAUGAUCUGUCCCCCGUCAAGCCUAUCCCUUCAGGAGAAGGAGUGAAAGCCUUCUCCUUUCCAGAGACAGUUUUCACUACUGUCACAGCGUACCAAAAUCAACAGAUAACUCGUCUGAAGAUUGAUAGGAAUCCAUUCGCCAAAGGCUUUAGAGAUUCGGGACGUAACAGAAUGGGACUGGAAGCUUUGGUAGAGUCUUAUGCCUUCUGGAGACCUUCACUGAGAACACUGACCUUUGAAGAUAUACCUGGGAUACCCAAGCAAGGAAAUGCGGGUUCCUCUACUUUACUCCAGGGAUCUGGCAGUGGAGUGCCAUCUACCCACCCUCACCUUUUACCGGGUUCCCCUUGCUCAUCUCCAGCCUUCCACCUGAGUCCCAACACUAGCCAGCUCUGUAGCCUUGCUCCAGCUGACUACACAGCUUGUGCCCGCUCAGGCUUGACCCUGAACAGAUACAGCACUUCUUUGGCUGAAACGUACAACAGGCUCACAAACCAAACCAGUGAGACGUUUGCACCUCCGAGGACUCCCUCCUAUGUUGGUGUGUCGAGUAGCACAACUGUGAAUAUGUCUAUGAGUGGCAAUGAUGGGGAUGCAUUCAGCUGCCCGCAGACUGGCUUAUCUAUGCAGAUUUCAGGGAUGUCUCCACAGCUCCAGUACAUCAUGCCAUCCCCAUCCAGCAAUGCCUUUACCACUAAUCAAACCCACCAAGGCUCCUACAACACGUUUAGACUGCACAGUCCCUGUGCGCUCUAUGGAUAUAACUUUUCCACAUCCCCUAAACUGGCUGCCAGUCCUGAGAAAAUCGUUUCUUCCCAAGGAAGUUUCUUGGGGUCCUCUCCAAGUGGAACCAUGACGGAUCGGCAGAUGUUGCCCCCUGUGGAAGGAGUGCACUUACUUAGCAGUGGGGGGCAGCAGAAUUUCUUUGACUCUAGGACCCUAGGAAGCUUAACACUCUCGUCUUCUCAAGUGUCUGCACAUAUGGUUUGAUGAAGCCUUUAAGUAAAAGUACAGUAUGUUUGGUGUCUACAAUGUAUUUCUUUUGGAAUAUGAAAGGACACUCGGUGUAGCUUGUAAAGUGUGUGUGUAUAUAUAAUAUGAGAGGAAGUUUCACUGAAUUUUUUACUUGCUUGUGGCCAGAUUAUUCUCCUAUUUUGAGUUACACAGAGUUUGCUGCGGCAUAGACUGCUUUAGUUUUCUGGUAUAAUACACUUAGUUGUAUAACACAUUGGGACAUAUGCAACAAAUUAAGUAAGACUUCCUCCCCUUUCCCCCUCCUCUGUUCUAACCCCUUUAAAGAAUGAAAUGACACUGGGAGUAUUAAACAACACAAACAAGCCCACUUACACUUCCUAGAGUACUAGUGAGUUUCUUUUAAAACAUUGAUACAAUGAUAAGCUGAGGCACCAAAGGCAUUUUACAAGUUUCUUCUCUGUUGCAAGGGUUAUGAAGGGUAUUUGGGCUUUUAAGUGUUAAGCAUCAAGCAUCCAGUCUAAAAUAGAAGUUUAGCUAAUGGAUUAUUUACAAAGUAAACAGAAAGAUUAGCUUGCCUUCUCAUGAUACACUGUUUUCAGCUUUUCAACAGCACAGCAUUCUCGCUAGGAUUUUUUUUCAGCAUUAGUCUACAGUUAUGAUUAGAUAUUCGAAGAUAAAUAAUGCAUAUUCAAAUCACUAUUUCAAUGGAGUUAGAGUGGCGAAUAGAGUAAUUUAAACCAACAGCAGAAGAAGAGGCAUUCCUUAGUACAGAAUGAACUUUGGAGUGCUUAAUUUUUGUCAAAGGAAGGGCUUGAUGUAUUUUUUCCUACAUAAAUAUUGCCUAUAAGAUGUUUACUGGACAGUAGGAUAAUCUAAUGUAUCUUUGUGUUUGUAUUUUUACUUUUUUUAAAGGAAAACACAGGUUUGAUUUGGGGGGGGGGGGAAGGCAAGCAGGAUGAGAAAUUCCAUUACUGGUUUUUACCCACCUCUGUGUGUGUUGUGUUUGGUUUUGUUGUUUGUUUUUUUUUUUUUAAUAAGUGUAGAAAGUCCUUCAUCCUCAGUAUCUCAUAAAUACAUCGCCUGUAUCAAUUUGGCAGAUGAUCUUGUUUGCCCACAAGUGUUUCUGGAAGCAGAACUUUGUUAUAGCUGCCUCCCUGCCAUUCUGUUUCAUAGUCAGUUUUUGCCCUGGAAUUGGAAAGGUUCCCUUCCCAGUGGUGCUUGUGAGAACAGAGAUCAUGACCUGCUCCUGACCAGGCUCCUCCAGAGUGACAAGGACAUGGGGAGACACUUGUCAUGGUGAAAUUUCUGCCCUCAUCUGCACCUGUGCAGCCCUGGUGUGCAUCAUCCUGCUGCAGAGCUGCCUCUCAGCUGCCCUCCUGUUAGAGUGGAAUGACGGAGGUUGUGGAGCAGAUUUUAAUGCUUGAGAGAAAGAGGUCAUCUUCAACAAUGCGCUAAGUCUCCUUUAUAUUAUGCAGGUGAUAUAAAGGCAUUAUAAAGUGGGUACAAAUGUAGUUGAAAAUGCUUCCCAGGUCAGUAUUGAAGGGGAAUAAGGCCUUUCAUAUUUUAUGUUUUUCUCUGUUAGAUUUUUUUUUUGUGUGUGAAGGUGGAUUGUGUUUCUCAAGAGUUCCUGUGUCUUUUCUGGCAAACAGUGGUCUUAACCACUCCCACGUCAAGAAAGACUCAUUGCAGCUAAUAUUUCUUCAGUGGGAUGGAGAUAAUGAAUGCAGAAACAGUCCACUCGCUAUCUUCUCUUGGUAUUUGGGAACAAUAGAGAAACCACAGCGGUCUUUAAGCCUGUGCCAGGAGAAGGGUUUAUUUCUAUUAGUUACAUUUUUGUUUAUGUUAAAGAAGACAAGUAGGAAGUUCUCAUUCAAAGCUGGAAAGACAGGAGGAUGCAAUUGAGAAGAUGUGGGUUUGCUUCUUUGCUGUCUCAAACUUCUCAAGUUGACCUUGAGCAAUUCACUCAGCCUUUCUGUAUCUAACUUUUUUCUUUUGUAAAAUGUGAUAAUAGCACUUCUCUGCCUCACAGGAGAGGGUGACAGUACAUUGAAGAUGGAGAUCAUACUGUGGACAGUACAUUGCAGAUGAAUGCCUAGGUAGUGUACAUAUAUGAGGGUAACAGCUCUGUCGCUAGUUUUGGUAUUGCAGUGUUCUUUGAGUCAGACCUUCUAGCAAAAUCAUGCAAUGCUAAAAACAUUAUUCAAAAACCUCACACUCACGGUCUGUGGAAUGGUUCUAAGACGUGUAGAAGAUGAGCAACAUUUUAGUUAUGUAAAUUGUCAUAGCUCUAUUGGUUUAAAUUAACAAGAAAUGUGUGUGCUCUAGCUAAAACUUUGAAAUGUUGCAGUUGGACAAAUCUUCAAAUGGGAAGAAUAGUACAGUUAAUCUGUCCUUGAAAAAGGGUAAUUUUCCAUGUCAUCCUAAGGGAUGUGACUAGGUAGAAAUGUGGAAGAGCUAAAUCGUACAUGUUCCUGCAAGGGGAAAAAAAGGGUUGUGCAUGGAUAUUCAUGGAGGUACUCCUGGCAACAGUAUGUACUUUGUCAUCUGGGAAUUUUUUAGAACUGGUCUCUUAUUUUUCCUCAAAUUAUUCUUAUCAUAUAACCACACAAUAUUGUUUGAAAAAUUUGUUCCUUAAAAUUUGAAUCAUAUUGUAAAUACUUAACUGGCGUGUCAUUGUGAGAAGACUAGCUUUUUAUCAAUACAGUAAAUGCUAUAUAUGCAUUAUAUCUAUAAUUAUAUAUCUGUAUUUUACAAAAAUGCCACAGAAAAUAUAUUAAAGUGUGUAUUCAGACACUUUUUACUACAUUUGGAAAA